CCCUGCCAAACUUGCCAUUCAUCCAAUCAAAGCCAAGUUCGGUGGCAUUCUCUAAAACGUUCCCCUCCGCGAAAACCCACGACGCGGAAUGUGCGCGGAACAUUUCCAAGGAGGAUGUUUUGUGGCGCUGUCGGUGGCACAGCAGCUCAACGCACCAAACAAACCUUCGUUAUACGACACCCCGUGACAGACCAACACGUAGUCGACUGCAACGACUUCCCCCGGGAUACCAGUAUAUACACCCCGUGCACUUGCGCACGUGAUCGACAUCAAACAAAAUCUCGUUCCAAGACAACAGAGCUCGUCUUGACUGCCAACUAUGAACCCACAACACACCAUCUACACAAAUGCCGACAUCAAUGUUUCGAGGGUAACGAAAGCACAGGCCUACGAGUUUUUGUGCAAGGAAACAACGCUUGCCAUGGUCGAGGGGUCGGAGAAGGGCGUCGGGUCUGCCCUUUGCGGGUCGGUCCGGGCCAAAGUCAACCGGCACGACUGGGGCAGUGGUGCGCUGCGCCUGCUGAUCUCCGGCGAGGGGCUGUCUGCUUCAGCCCACAAGUAUGCCAGGGGGCUGCAGCAGCCGCCAACAGCAGUCCGCGCGAGAGAGCCUCGUCAGGUGAACGGCCGCGUGGCGAACGACGGCCCCGCGUGGAACGUCCCGGCGGGACUAGUGCUGGUCGGCGUGGACGCCAUCAAUGAGGUGGGAACCGAGACCUAUGUGUGGAGGACGGGUGACCCCCACAGAUCGUCGAGGGAGCUACAAGAUGCGGUUCUUGCCCUCGUCUUCCUCGGGGGGCUGUGGCGACUCGGGGAAGGCAGAACGCGAAGGGAGCAGGCAAGGAGUGUGGGAGGUGCGAGUACAUCGAGGAGUGGGACGGGCUCGCGAUCCCGGGCCUACGACCCGGCGCGGCCCCGGAUGCGCAAGGUCAAGACUCUCAACAAGGGCGGCCUGUCGCCGUGGGAGGGGGACGCCGACACUGGUCGUUCCCUCAAGGGCGACGAGGGGGUGGUGUUCCUGACGGGGUGGCAGGCGAGUCAGAUCGUGAAGGAGCACAACGAUUUGUAUAAAGAGUGGCUGAAGAAGAACCCCAACAACAACUAG